AUGAAAACAUCCAAUCCCCACAAUCAGCUCUUCAGUCGACGCCUCAAAGAGGUGCGCUUAGACAUGGCGUUAUCGCAAAAAAGCCUGGGUAUUUUGGCUGGCAUAGAUGAGUUUGCAGCGAGCGCACGUAUCAACCGCUACGAGAAAGGGGUUCAUCAGGCAAGCAUAGAAGUCGUCCGGCAUCUCGCUAAAGUUCUUGAAGUGCCUGUAGCAUACUUCUACACAGAAGAUGAUGAACUUGCCUCUUUAGUCCGUCUUUGGCCGAAGCUGGACCCAGAGAAGAAGAAAAAAAUCCUUCAGCAGCUCUAA